UAAUGAUAAAUGGCUGGUAGCUACCUGGCUAUUUAACUGUUAGCGCACGAUGGGAUAUUAUCUGUUAAUUCGGCGUUUAGCUAAACCAUGAUAGACGCUGUAACAUGAAAAAUGAAUUGUAUCCUGGUUGUGAGUAUUUAUUUGUCAGUUUAUCGACCGGUUUGCGGUUUCUGAGGUAACUCAAGAUACGACUACUUCAUUAGCUAGCGGGCUAACUAAUCUGAUGUCGGCUAACUAGCUAGGAACCCCGAGGACCAGCCUGGUGGUUAUUCUGUACACGCAAAGAUCAUGGACUUCCCGGGACACUUCGAGCAGAUCUUCCAGCAGCUAAACUACCAGCGCGUCCACGGGCAGCUGUGCGACUGCGCGAUUGUGGUGGGCAGCCGGCAUUUCAAAGCUCACCGCGCCGUCCUGGCCGCUUGCAGCACGCAUUUCCGCGCACUCUUUAGCGUCUCCGAGGGCGACGGGAGCGUGAGCGUGAUCCGUCUGGACUCGGAUGUGGUGACGUCUGAAGCGUUCUCUGUGCUUAUGGACAUGAUGUACACUUCCACGCUGACACUGGGAGAGAGCAACGUCAUGGACGUCUUACUGGCCGCGUCUCAUUUGCACUUGAAUACAGUAGUGAAGGCCUGUAAGCAUUAUCUGAACACUCGGACUUUGCCCAAGUCGCCUCAUAACGAGUGCGGGAGUCAGCGCGUAGAGCAGCAGCAGCUGAACAACGGCGCUAACCCUCGGCUCCAGCGCUCGUUCCUGUUGCAGCAGCUGGGUUUGAGCGUCGUGAGCUCGGCGCUGAAUGAAGAACCCGAGGAUGAAGGGAGCGCGUCCGGCCGAGGUUCGACCUCAGGGAGUGGACAGUUAGAGCAGCGCGACGCUUUCUACCCACAACGCCGCUUGCAGAAGCGCAAACAGACGUUUUCUUUGAUUCACGCGGAAGCAGAGAGGCCGCGGCAAAGACCGCGCGGCCCUUCACAAGCCCGCGGGAUCGUGGAAGAUUGCGGGGAGGAGGGAGGGGCUCGAGGGGAGGAGCUUCUGUCCCCAGACUCGCAUAGCAAAACCUUAGAUGAUGAUUCCAAACUGGACGUGGUGGUGAUCGCCGUGGACGACAGAGAGGAGUACAGACGGACGGCGGCGCAUGAGGACAUCCAGAUGCCAAGCCAAUCCGACGGCGGCAGAGGGAGCAGAGCGGAGUCUCUGCUGCUGCUGCCGCGCAAGGAGGAGUACACGGACGGCGAUGGCGGACAAGCCAAAGGCGGAGGCGAGCAAGAAGCACAGCGCAUGCCGGUGGUGGUGAAGAGCGAGCCGAUCAGCUCACCUGAACCCGCGGACGAGACGAGUGAUGUCACAUCGCAGGCUGAAGGCAGUGACCAGGUGGAAGCCGUGGGAGAGAAGCUGGAACUGAGUCCCGAAGGCAGCGAGCACAGCUUUAGCGACCCUCAGCCCAGCUCCGACAUCCUGAUCUCAGAAAUCAAGGGCCCGGUCAUAGAAGAAGAGCGAUCCGGCGAGACAGGAGGAGGAGGAGUCGUAGAGAGAAGAGAACGAGGAGCAGGUUUCCUGAGCACGAUGAGCUUCGACCGCGCCCUAGUCCCGAACACUACCACAGGGGAGUGCGCGCUGGACCACGAGCCCCCACGUUUCCUUUUUGGCUCCGACUCGUCCUCACCCUCCAUGCACCUCUCCGCGUCUCAAAACCUACUCUCGGCAGAGAUGCAGGACUUCUCCAACAUGCGGGCCGACUCGCUCCUCCUUCAGCCCAUGCUCGACGGGAUGGCGUCGUCGUCUUCAGAGCACCUGGCGCUGGAGUUCCAGAGGAACGUUUGCCGGAACGGCGCGUACCGGUUCCCUCCUUACCGACGCAUCGCACCAAAAGCUACGCCGGGAGGCACCUUGAUGCAGGACGCUGCGUCUUCGUCAUCGGUGCUCGUUAACGGUGCGAAUUUCGACGGUCCCGGCCAACGAGGGGGGAACUCGAGCUUGAACCCUUUGCCACAGUUGACCCGCGCAUCAGCCGACGUGCUCUCCAAGUGUAAGAAAGCGCUCUCGGAGCACAACGUCCUGGUGGUCGAGGGAGCGCGCAAAUACGCCUGCAAGAUCUGCUGUAAGACCUUCCUGACCUUAACAGACUGCAAGAAGCACAUCCGGGUUCACACCGGUGAGAAGCCUUACGCCUGCCUCAAGUGCGGCAAGCGCUUCAGUCAGUCCAGUCACCUGUACAAACACUCGAAAACCACCUGCCUGCGCUGGCAGAACAGCACCAUGGCGACGGGACUGCUUUAAACAAGACGCCAAGCAGGGAAGUGCGUUCGCCUGAUUAGACAACGCAUCACUGUUGAUAAUAAUGUUUUGCUUAACUGACGGUGCUUAAAAACGCCACGCGAUUACUGUAUUUUACAUGAACUGUCACCUCGUGCUCCGAGUCUGUUCACUGGAUAGAUGUGCAAUCUACUUUGACGGGGACGGAGAAAUAGACAUAAAUGAGACAGACUUCUCUUCUCUCGCAGAUGUAAAAGACUGAAGAAGAAUAAGCACCAAAACUUUUUUUUUUAAACCUGCACUUGAUUUAAAUGUGUUUCCAUCCAACUGAUGAUGGGUCUAUGAUGGGGGAAAAAUAAAUAAGAGGAAGGAUUUAACAUUAUGAAUGAAUAACAAUUCGAUAACGAUUUAACAAUUGAAAAAAAAAAUUGGUUUUAUUUAUAACAUUUACAACAUUUGUAAUUUAUUAGAAAUAAAAUUGCGUAACUAGUAAAGAGAACAAUCUUUAGUGAAUAGUGCAAUUCCCGGUUCUUUUAAAAGGAAACGAUGGUCAUUAAAAUGAGAUGAUAUUAUUAUUUUUAUUAUUACCCAGAAUCCUGUUAUAUCUCAUGAUUCAUGGGAAUUAAUAUGUUUGUUGCACAACAUCAUGCUGCCGUUUAUAGUCCAGGUCGACCAAACAAGCUUCUCUGUUUCUUUUCCCUGAAGUUAUUUAGACAGACCUGCAGUCCAGUGCUAUAGGAACCGUGACGUAUUUAGGCGAGCGCGUUGAUGUCCGUCCGAGCAGAGCAGAGAAUCUGGCGGCGCUGUGACGGACAUUAUCGUUAACUUCCUUUUCUCGCUUUCUCAAUCCUUUCUCAUCUCAUGAAAUUCUUCUUCCCUCCUUUUCAUCCUCCUUUCUUUACUUUUUACCCAUUCUUAUUUUUUUUCUCCUUUCAUCCUUAUCAUCCUCAUUUUCUUUCUCACGUCGUCUCUUAUUUUUUUUCUUUGUCCUUGCCUUUCCUCUGCUAUUCCUUCCUUAAUUCCUAUCUUAUCUCUCACUCAUUUUGUUCCUCUCAUGACCCCAUCUCCUUUUUUUUUCCUUUCUUCUUUUCUUUCCUUACUUCCUCUUUUUCUUCCUCUCAUGUUCUCCAUAUCUUCAGGUCUCCUAUCCUCCUCCUUCCAUUCUCUCUCGUGUCAUUUUUGCUUUUCCUUCUUUUUUUCCCUCUUUUUACUUCCCUACUUCCUUUCUUAUUUUUUCCUUUCCUUCUUCCUUUUCUUCACUAUCUUUUAGCCUUGCUUUGUUCUUCCUUCUCAUCUUCUCCUGUCACUCUCUUCCUUUUUUCGUUCCCUUCUCCCUCAGUGUUGAUUAAUUUUUCGACAGUAGUUCAUGCUGCAGAUGCAGAUGUUUGUAAUAACACACUUUCAACAGCUUGUACAGCAGACGUUCCACUUCAUAAAACAUUUUGAUGGAAACAUUAAAAGCAGCAAGCAACCCUUCUUUAACAAAAAAGGGCUCAGAAGUAAACCAUGGGCUGAAGGCUUCCACAGGCCGGACAGUCACGCACCGUUUCUCUUCCUGAGUCAGACUGAUGGGAGGUGUUUGUUCGCUUGUGGUCGUGAGCCGUCUUGUGAUCUCUCUGAAAAUGUUUGUGAACAUCAGUUUUAGGGUGUCCUGAAAGGCGUGUGCUGUACUGUAGGUGUGUGUGUGUGUGUCCUUGCAGUGUACGUGAGUCUGUGUUCAUCGUAAAGGGCUAAAAAAAAAAAAAAGAAAAAAACGUACGGAAAAUGUCUCUAACUCCAUUGUUUCUCCUGAGGACCUGAGAAACUGAACAGAUGUCCUUUUUUUUUUUUUUUUUCUUGUUAAAGACGGUACAGUUGUUGUAUGUUGAUGGUGUGUAAUGAAGUGUUCAUGUCUUAUAUAAGCUAACGAAGAGAGAAGAUGUAUGGACAUAGUUUUGUCCUGGCAUUAUUUCAUUGUCCAAGGCGUCUAUAACUUUGGCAGGUUUGUGAAGAAUCUGAAACGGAGCGCAGGACCGAUCAGCCGCCCGACCAAUGAGGAGGAAUCACCUGCUGCGGACGACAAAAAACUCCGAGAGACAGAUCUGUUCGAUUUUUUUGUGCUUACUGUCACGUUAAUCACGUGUACGUUUCAGUUCAGAAACUCACACAAGAUGUAGCUCUGAAUUAAACCAGCUUUUAUACA